AUGAUCACCCUCCUUCUCGGAGGUCUCUUCGCCGCCAUCUACCUCCUCCUGCGAAAGACGGUCCUGAAGCUGCCCAGGUGUAAGAGCGACGCAAAGCUUCAUGGGAAAACCGCCAUCAUCACAGGAGCCAGCGGUGGGAUCGGGAAGGCCACGGCGCUGGAGCUUGCCAGGAGGGGGGCCCGGGUGGUCCUGGCCUGCAGGGACAGACAGCGGGCCGAUGCGGCGGUCCAUGACAUCAUCCAGGAGACGGGGAACCAGCAGGUGCUCUUCAUGCAGCUGGACCUGGCCAGCCUGCUGUCGGUCCGGACCUUCGCUGAGAACUUCCUGCGCUCCGAGUCCAGGCUGGAUCUGCUCAUCAACAAUGCGGGUGUCCUCAGAGACGGCCAGACGGACGACGGCUUCGGCUUGAUGUUCGGGGUCAACCAUCUGGGCCACUUCCUGCUGACCCUGCUGCUUCUGGAGCGGCUGAAGGCCAGCGGGCCGAGCCGCGUGGUCACCGUGGCCUCCAGCUCCUACGGACGGGGCCAGCUGGACUUCAGCCUCCUGGUGGACCUCAGGGAUUCAGCUGAGGGCUGCGGCUUCAGGCAGACCUACAGGAAGUACUGCGACAGCAAGCUGUGCAACAUCCUGUUCACCUGGGAGCUGUCCAGGAGGCUGCAGGGCAGCCAGGUCACCUGCUACUGCCUCCAUCCAGGACUCAUUCGGACAGAACUGGGUCGGUACCUUGGAUUCUGGAUGAAGGUCUUGGUGGCGCCCGUCGUCCUCCUGUUCUUCAUGGAUCCAGAGUCUGGAGCUCAGACCACUCUCCACUGUGCCCUGGAGCAAGGCAUCGAACCCCUCAGCGGUCACUUCUUCAGGUGCUGCAGGCCACGGACGGACAUGGAGUCCAAGGCCAGAGACCCGGCUGCAGCCAGGAAGCUGUGGGAGCUCAGCCAGAACUUCUGUGGUCUGUGGUAG